AUGGGGUACUACCUCAAAACCAAGAUGCCGAAGGCCCACUCCGAGUACAGCAAGCCUGGCAUGCCAGACGCCGAGAAGAUAGCUUGGCUGGUCCGUUUCACUAUGGACCCAUCAUCUGGCGGAUGCAAGGGGACGACGUCAACCGAGAUCAGCAGGGAGACCGAGAGCGGCGUCAAGGAUAUAUGGGUGACUCAGGACCAACUGGCUGGACCACUCUACUUGAACAACAGAGCCCACGCCGACGCCAUGAUCAAAGACCUCGACUCGAGACCUCACAAACGUAGUAAAACUCUGAGGGAUAUGGGUGUACUUGAAUACCACCUGUUCCUCGACGCGGAGGGGAAAAUCAUCGACCGCACCAAGGACACCACGAGCGUGGCUGCAGAAGUCGACCUGUCUACAGACGAGUACACGCAGAUCCGCGACGCUAUGAGGCAAGGCCUGGGCGGCAGUGGUUUGGGUGAUCCAACGGCGGCGAGCAGCAACCCCAAGAAGAGCAAGGAAGCCAGGGAGCAGCUGAAGCUCGAGAACGAGAAGAAGGCCCUGGCUGACUGGCAAGCGAAGCUCGCCGACCUGAGCGGGGAUGAGAAGAAGGCCGCGAUCAUGGAGAAGCAGAGGCUCGACGCGAAGAAGCAGUUCGACAAGGCGUACUCGGACGCGACCACCAAGGUGAACGGGUGGCGGAACAUCAUCGAGACCAAGGUCCCCCAGACCAUCAAGACUUUGGAUGCGAAGAAGUACCCGAAGGAGAUGUCCGCGCACAUCCAGAAGCAGGCGAAACAGGUUGGCGAGCAGCUCACGAUGUUCAUUGCGACCACCCUGGCUGCCAAGCCGACGGGCGACCUGACCGCCGAGGACUACGAGAGGGGCGCCAAGGAGGCGCAGGCGAAGCUCCAGGCUAUCACCGAUGUCUGGAAGGACUGGGAGAAGAAGGUCUGGAACGACUGGAAGUCCAUCGGGUGCAACUCGGAGUGA